ACUGCCAAGCUAUCAGCUCCCAGUGGCGUUGCUGUGCACAUCCAGCGCUUCGUUGCCUAACCACUCCACAUUCCUGCUACCACCGCCGAAGAAGUGCAAGUUCACCACAACGGAUACAGGCAUAAUUACUCUCUUCUCCGACAAACCCUGACUAUCGCGGGUCGGUCGAUUUAAUCUCGGUACCCGAAAAUCUCGUGAUUCGAUACCCUCAAGCCGGCCAAUCUGGGACCUUAGGUAGGUAUAUAACCCACCUGGUCGUGUGAGCUUUGCCGCAGGUCGAGCUCGGAACUGAUGACCGCAUCGAAACUCGACAUCUUCAGGGUAGUGCCUCACACCGGAGACCGUCCAGAUGGGCGACUCGAGCAGCGCCGCUCAGAGCGACUCGUCCGAGCCGGACCCGCCGGGCACGCGUCUUGAGCUUAUCAGCAUCGCCAAGGACGGAGACCUGAUCCUGGACGUGACCUUUGAGAACUCGAAGGAGACCCUGCGGGCCGCGCGGGAGGCGCAGGCGAAGCUCCCGAGCCGCGAGCCGCGCGCGGCGCCGAAGGCGAGAGUCCGGCUGGCCUUCCGCGUUCGCAUGGCCGCGCUGAAGAGCACGUCGAAGUACUUCGACAAGCUGCUGGGGGGCGGGGGCGGGGGCGGGGGCGGGGGUCACUUCAAGGAGGCGCGGGACGUGGCGAGCGCGCUGGCGGCGCUGGCGGCGCGGGGCGUGGCGCCGGGGGCGGCCGCGGCCGCGGACCUGCCGUGGGUCGCGAUCCGCGACGACGACCAGGCGACGCGCUACGCGCACCGGGAGGGCGUGUUCGCGGACCUGCUGCGGGUGCUGCAUGGCGGCGAGGCGGCGGCGAUGCAGCAGCGGGCCACGAUGCCGUACGUGACCACGCUGGCCGUCCUCGCCGACCGCUUCGACUGCACCGCCCCCGUCGCCCGGUACCUCGCCGUCCGCCUCAAGUUUAAGUGGCCCGUCACGAACCGCAAGUACGCCUCCUUCGCCGCCGUCGCCGCCGCCGUCGACGAGCCCGCCGCCACGAGCCGCGCCACCGAGGAGGUCCUGCGCCAGAAGAUCCUCGUCUCCUGGCUCAUGAACCAGCCCGCCAGGUUCCAAGCCGCCACCCGCGAGAUCAUCAUGGACGGCUCCUGCCGGUGGAGCCCGUUCUCCCAAGACGACGACGCGCCGGACGCCACGUGGUGGUAUCUGCAGGACGGCCUUGAGGAAGAGCUGCAGUACCGGCGCCACUGCAUCCUGAACACGGUCGGAUCGGUGACGCGGCACUUUUUAAGGCUGUACGCGUCGCGGGAGCGGCAGUGCACGCUGGGCUACGACUCGAGCGAGGCGUGCGACUCGUACCAGCUGGGGGAGAUGUACAAGUUCCUCGCGCACCGGCGGCUGCUCGCCGCGGUCGACUUUUCGCCGGCCUCGCUCGACGCCGUCGCCGACCCGGCCCAGCUCCCCGUCGCCGCCAUCCUCGCCGCCCUCCGCCAGUGCCCCGCCUACCAGGUCAACAAGAACCACUACAACUGCGGCCUCCGCACCCGCCUCCUCCCCAUCCUCGACUUCCUCCUGGCCCUCCUCUCCGCCGCCUCCGUCUCCCCCCCCCGCGCCGCCUGGGAGUCCGACCGCGCCGCCGCCGCCUGGCGGCCGCCCCCCGGCCGCGACCGCGAGCCCGCGCCCUUCCGCUUCACCCGCUCCCUCGCCGCCGACCAGCGCCUCCGCUUCGAGCACGCCCUCGGCACCGAUAAGUUCGCCAGGAAGGUCUUCACCGCCUCGAGCUGGGACUGGACCGCCGAGUAGGGGGACCAGGACCCUGGGGCUAGCCUCCCGUCGACGACGCCGAGAUGGAGUCUGAGGUGAGCGGCGCGGCGUAGCGUAUAUCUGAUUUUCUUUAUGGGAAGGGUUCUCAAGAAACCCGGUUCGCUGGCGGUAGUGAUAGGCAACGAUCCAACCCUACGAAAGUAUUCCCGUCCUUCUUUUAACGAGAGGGUAGGAUCGAACCUGUAUAAUACACCCAUAGGCAUCGCGUGGUUCCCAUAGUCGGCUGCUCUGCCGGAUUUGGAAAUUAGGAACGUUGAGAUGAAUAGUAUCCUACAAUGUCUAGCAACCUAGUAAGAACCGCACGAAGU